AUGACAAUUAAAGGUGGCACAAGCCAAGCCUGCGCUGCUUGCAAAUACCAGCGUCGCCGGUGCUCGAAAGACUGUGCCUUAGCCCCUUAUUUUCCAGCCGAUCAACCGAAGAUGUUUCAAAAUGCUCACCGUCUCUUCGGCGUCUGCAAUAUAAUGAAGAUUCUUAAACAAGUUCAUCCGUCGCAGAAAGACGAAACAAUGACUUCAAUCAUCUACGAAUCAAACAUGCGUUCUAGGUUUCCGGUUCAUGGGUGUUGUGGUGUCAUAUGGCAAUUACAUUAUCAAAUACAACAAGUGGCCGAAGAGCUUCGACUAGUUAGAAGUAGAGUAGAUAUGGUGAAAGAACAGUUUAAUCAAAUGAACAAUAUCGGGAUCAGCGAAACGGCCGGAGUUGUAGGUAAUAACGACGUCGCUUAUCCGAUUUAUACACAACAACCGCAACAACAACAGUAUAAUUCACAACAACAACAGUAUAAUUCAGCGUCACUUGUAAAUCAAGGAACAGAUGCGAGUGAUUUAUUAUUUGGAAAUUUGAACAUGAAUAAUGGGGGAAUUUAUGUUGAUAACGAUGAUAAUAAUGGAUUGAUGUUGAAGGAGUUGAGAAUUCAACAACAUUACAAUGAUAAUUAUGGGAUUAAUAUGAGUAAUGUUGAUACAAUGGUGAUGCAAUCUAGUUUGAUACCUGGAGUCCAAGCUUACCCCUUGCAACAAGAGAUGGAAAUCUCUCAUGGGUAUGAUGAUCAAAUUGCUUUUGACACAAUUGCUGAUGAUCGUCAAUCAUAUAUUGAAUCUAAAGAAGCAUGCGACUCUAGAGCAGAUGUGAUUGCAUAUAGCACUAAGGAUGUCAACAACAUUUGUCCGUCCUGUGAGGUCCUUUGCUUUGCUCCAAAAAGAUUUGACAAGGGAGCAAUGAAGGAAGAUGUCAUCUAUGGUCUCACUGCUAUUUUUGCAUAA